GAGAAGUAUCGCCCGAAUCAAUUGUCCCUUUUCAAUUCCCACUUUCGGACGCGUAUCGCAUCCAAUCCAGUCUUUUGCAGCCAUUCACCGUUGCAGAGUGUCGAGUUGAGCCCGUUCGUUCGACGACUUCCCUUCUACAGUACAUUACCGGCGCGCGGAAGCGGAGCGUUCCCCCACCACCACGCUUUUCUUCCUUCACCCGUCGUCCCCGCAAGGCAACCACAACUUUGUGCACACGACCACCACUUUCUUCUUGUUGUCCUCUUCACUGAUGCCCUAUUCAACAUGCAGCUCUCGAGCCACUUGCUAUCCUUUGUAACCUUGCUUUUCAUCUCAUUUAUCUGCGCUCCUGUUGCUGCAUUCGCCGUUCCAUGGUCCAAUAACAACCAAUUCUCCCCUACGCAACGUCACUCGGCCACAACAGAACAGCCACAGAAGCUUCGAAGCGUCUUUCCUCAGUUGACAUGGCUUCGAGAUACUGCUAUAGAGAAGAUAUUCGGUCUGCCACGGAACACGGCGAAGGCUGGAUUGGAUAAGCCGAGCUCUCUGUCGCGGCCGACGAGCACACAACUACCAGCGACUUUAUUGGCGAAAUAUGGAGGAGACGUUGUACUCCGAUUCAAUCUGAGUACUGCACAGGAAGAGAAGGCAUUGGCGGAAGCGGCAGAUACACUUUUCCUAGAUGUGUGGGAGUUUACAAACAACUGGGCGGAUAUUCGUCUUAGACAGGACGAUGUCCCUUCACUCCUAGGAUUACUGCCAAAGUCUCUCCAAACAGCACACUCCAACUUGAUGCCCGAUUUGGCAAAUACUAUCUACCAAACCUAUCCCUCAAUCGCCUUUGGAGAACCGUCAUUUCCUCCAACUCACCUGGAUCGUUCAUUCACUCCAUCUUUGAAAACAUCUGAUGGAGUAGAGAAUAUUUUCUUCCGAGACUAUCAACCGUACUCGGUCAUCGUCCCAUGGAUGCGUCUUAUGGCUUCGAUGUUCACUACUCAUGUCCGUAUGAUCGAUAUCGGAACCACUUAUGAAGGUCGAGACAUCCACGCUCUUCGGGUCGGCGUAUCUCCAAAUCUGCCACAGGACAAUCCGGAACCACGAAAGACCAUCAUAGUAUCAGGCGGCUUCCAUGCUAGAGAGUGGAUAUCGGUAAGCACAGUGACUUAUGUUGCUUGGUCACUUAUUACCUCUUACGGAAAGUCACCUGGAAUUACCAAGCUUCUCCAGGAGUUUGAUUUUGUUUUCAUCCCCACGACGAAUCCUGACGGAUAUGUUUAUACCUGGGAGAACGAUCGAUUGUGGAGGAAGAACCGUCAACAAACCAGUCUUCGAUUUUGCCGUGGACUUGACCUCGACCGUGGGUUCGGAUUCGAGUGGGAUGGAACGACUUAUCAAUCCAAUCCCUGCUCAGAGAGCUAUCCCGGAGAUGAACCAUUCCAAGCCGUCGAAUCCCACAGACUAGCCGAAUGGGCAAAGAACGAGACAGAGAAUAAUGGCGUAACUUUUGUCGGGUUCCUGGACCUACACUCUUAUUCGCAACAAGUCCUGUACCCAUACUCCUAUUCAUGUGCCGCCAACCCACCCACCCUAGAGUACCUAGAGGAACUCGGCAUGGGACUAGCCAAAGCAAUCCGCAUUUCAAGCGGACAACAAUACAACGUAGCCUCAGCCUGCGAAGGCGCCGUCUCCUCGAAACUCAAGCCCGCAAAAGGCGGUUUCCGGAUGGAAACAGGCGGCGGGAGUGCAAUCGAUUGGUUCUACCACGAAAUGCACGUUCGGUACAGCUACCAGAUCAAAUUAAGAGAUACUGGUAGUUACGGCUUCUUACUACCAAAAGAAAACAUCGUGCCAACAGGUGAAGAAGCCUUCAAUGCUCUGAAAUACUUCGGAGAUUUCCUGCUAGGGAAUAAAGGCAUUGAAUCCAAGCUCCUGGAAGAGCUACAUCAGGGACCUGUAGCAGACGUCAAAGUCGAGGUUGAAAUAGUGGAGCUAGACGAUGAUAUUGAAUAUGAUGCUGAGGACGUCAAUUGGGAGCUGAGGCGGAGAAGGAGGUAGACAGGAAAGAAAAGAAAAUGCUUUGGUAUCAUAUAGGAAAUGGCGUCAUUGGGAUAGGAUUAAUACCUGGUGCGAGGCGUUGGCGGGAUGGGAUUUAGGUUCGAGUAUAUAGUCUUGCUCCGUUAGGUUCGGAAUUCAAAGAACCUCGAUACUUUCAACCAAGUUCCUCAACGUCCAACAAUC